CCUGUUUGAAUUUAUUUUCCACCGUUUCAUAAAGACCUAUUCUUGAGUUCAAUUUCACACCUCAGUUAUGCAUAAACACCUGUUUGGUGACCGGUGACCGAGUCUAAAUCAAUGAUCCUAGUCAUGCUCCUUGAAGUUCAGAAAGCCAGCCAAGCCCAUGUCCACGUGGUGGGUUCAUACCCACGUGCUGUUUUCAACCUGUACAAAGUAAGGAAAAUCUCGUACAUAUAACAAUAGCUUGUCUAUUGCAGGUCAGUAAUAUUAAGUUUUAAAUCCCAUUCUUACUUACCCACAUUUUUAAAAGCAACCAUAAAGAAGCCAUGCAAGAUUCAUUCCUACAAAUUAAAUCCGAAUUUUAUUUGUCUUUUAAGCCUAGGUAUAACCAUAAAACGAUCGGCAAACAAGACCACAAUUCUCUGCUUGCAUUUAAGAAAUGCAUGGUGGGGCACAGUGUCACAGGUUUGGGCGAAGUGAUGAUCCAAGUCCUACCUGUGACAGAUCUCAGGUUUCAUUCAAGACGCUCAUGCGUAAGCAACAGCUGUCCUGCUGCGAGGACUGACCGUGAGAGGGGGAAAAGUUCUCAGCGAAGGCUUGAAAGAAGACCAACGACCCGACUAACUUCUGAGUUCUUUGGAAAUCACUUUUUGACUGGACAAGGGCCUUGCUGAGAGACCCCAGCGUGGUGGCAUCUCUCAUCGAGCAGAAUGCAAAGAUGGCAGGCCUGCUCCUCCCGACUGAUGGCACCGAUGUGUUCCGCCGCUUCACCGCGGAGUCGCUGGCGGGAAUCGAGCGCCGCAUGGAGGAGGAGGCCGCCGAGCAGGAGCGCAUUAAGGAGCUGAACGCCAACACCGGCACUGAGCCGAACGAGGAGAACCUCCCCAAACCCUCCAGUGACCUUGAGGCAGGAAAGGCCGUGCCCUUCAUCUACGGAGACCCACCCCCAGAGCUACUUAACACGCCCCUGGAGGAGCUGGACCCCUACUACAAAGCCCAGAAGACCUUUAUCGUCAUCAACAAAGGGAAUACCAUCUUCAGGUUCAACGCUGAGCCAGCCUGCUACUGUCUGAGCCCCUUCAGCAUUGUCAGACGAGGAGCCAUUAAAGUUCUCAUACAUUCAUUGUUCAGCAUGUUCAUCAUGGUCACUAUUCUAGCUAACUGCGUGUUCAUGACGAUGAGCGACCCUCCAGCGUGGAAUAAAAUUAUGGAGUAUGUUUUUACUGGUAUCUAUACAUUUGAAGCAACUAUGAAAGUGCUAGCCAGAGGAUUCUGUAUGGGAGAUUUCACAUUCCUUCGCGACCCAUGGAACUGGCUUGAUUUUAUGGUCAUCAGCAUGGCGUAUGUCACCGAGUUUGUCGAUCUGGGCAAUGUGUCUGCUCUUAGGACAUUCCGAGUUCUUCGUGCCCUGAAAACUAUCACUGUAAUUCCUGGUCUGAAAACCAUAGUUGGUGCACUGAUCCAGUCCGUGAAGAAGCUACGGGACGUGAUGAUUCUCACAGUGUUCUGUCUGGCUGUCUUCGCCCUGGUGGGCUUGCAGCUCUUCAUGGGAAACCUGCGGCAGAAGUGCGUCAUUUGGCCACCACUGUCCAACUUCACGCUGGAGACGUUUACCUCCACCCCAAACUACACCACAAACACUACCUUUGACUAUAAGGAAUACAUCGAUGACCCAGUCAACCAUUACUUCCUGGAAGGUAGCUUGGACCCGCUGCUGUGUGGGAACAGCUCAGAUGCUGGUGGCUGCCCUGAUGGAUAUAUGUGCCUUAAGGCAGGAAACAACCCCAACUAUGGCUACACAAACUACGACUCAUUUGGCUGGGCCUUCCUGGCUCUUUUCCGUCUGAUGACACAGGACUACUGGGAGAAUCUUUUCCAGCUGACACUCCGUGCAGCUGGCAAGACUUACAUGAUCUUCUUUGUGGUCAUGAUCUUCCUCGGUUCUUUCUACCUCAUCAACCUCAUUCUGGCAGUGGUUGCCAUGGCAUACGCCGAACAGAAUGAAGCCACCAUUGCUGAGGCCAUAGAGAAGGAAGCGGAGUAUGCCCAGAUCCUGGAACAGCUGAAGAAGAAUGAAGCUGCGAGGCAAGGGAGAAUAGCCGGCAGCAAGAUGUCCCUGUCGAGUCAGGGCAAAAAAGAUGAAGGGACAGAGAAUGAGCACAGUGAUGCCGGUCGAAGCCUUGGCAAGGAAGCCCUCAAGGACGAGGAGUCUAAAGGGGUCAUUGAGAAGUCCAAUGGAAGCAUGGACUACCUGCAGGUCCCAGGAGCUCAGGAGAGAAAAGCAAGUGCUGUCAGUGCAAUGACAACAGCAAGCCACGCCAUGGACGAAUUUGAUGACCUUCAGAGGCCAUGUCCCCCUUGCUGGUACAAGUUUGCGGACAUCUUUCUGAAGUGGGAUUGCUGUCCUCCCUGGGUGUUCUUUAAGAAGUGGGUGCACUUUGUGGUGAUGGACCCGUUUGUGGACUUGGGUAUCACCAUCUGCAUCGUUCUCAACACUGUCUUCAUGGCCAUGGAGCACUAUCCAAUGACCCCGGAGUUUGAGAACAUGCUGUCAGUGGGGAAUUUGGUCUUCACUGGUAUCUUCACGGCUGAGAUGGUCUUCAAACUCAUCGGCAUGGAUCCGUAUUAUUACUUCCAGGUGGGCUGGAACAUCUUUGACAGCAUCAUCGUGACCAUGAGUCUAGUGGAGCUGGGUCUGGCUGAUGUUCAGGGCCUGUCUGUGCUGCGCUCCUUCCGUUUGAUGCGCGUCUUCAAACUGGCAAAGUCCUGGCCCACCCUCAACAUGCUGCUCCGCAUCAUCGGCAACUCUGUGGGCGCUCUGGGCAACCUGACUCUCGUCCUUGGCAUCAUCGUCUUCAUCUUCGCUGUGGUGGGCAUGCAGCUGUUCGGCAAGAACUACAGUGAAUGUGUGUGCAAGAUUGCCCAGGACUGCGUGCUGCCUCGCUGGCACAUGCAUGACUUCUUCCACGCCUUCCUCAUCAUCUUCCGCGUCCUGUGUGGGGAGUGGAUCGAGACCAUGUGGGACUGCAUGGAGGUGGCAGGUGAAGGCAUGUGCCUCUGCGUCUUCAUGAUGGUCAUGGUCAUCGGUAAUCUGGUGGUCCUGAACCUCUUCCUGGCUUUGCUGUUGAGCUCCUUCAGCGGAGAUAACAUGUCCGCACCAGAUGAUGAAGGAGAGAACAACCUCCAGAUCGCCAUUGGGAGAAUCAACCGGGGCAUUGAUUGGGCGAAAGCCUACAUUAUUGGGCAAGUCAGGGGACUUUUGGGGCUAAAACCCAAAAAGGGUGAUGGGGAAGAGGAGGAUGAGGACGAUCACGUCAAGAGCAACAACUUAGUCCUGAACCACCUGGAUUCGGGCGAGCCUGAGGUGAAGAAAGUGGAGGGCGUGUGGGGACGGGAGGAUGAUACAAGCCAUGACGACUCGUUCACGAACGCUUUGACCCUCAAGGUGCCAAUUGCCAAGGGAGAGUCGGACUUUGACACUCACGAUGAGGACAGCGUCUCAGAGUAUGAACAUGAGGCAGAAGAUGACAAAAAAACUAAGAAGGAGGAAUAUGCAGAUGACACUUCAGAAUGCAGUACGGUGGACAAGGGUCCUCUGAUAGAGGAGGUGGAGGAAGAGGAAGAGGAGGACACCGAUUUCCCCCAGGAGUGCUACACAGAGAAUUGUCUCCGCCGCUGUCCUUGCCUGGCUCUUGACAUCACCCAGGAUAAAGGGAAAAUCUGGUGGACCCUCCGACGCACGUGCUUCACUAUAGUAGAGCACAACUACUUUGAGACCUUCAUCAUUUUAAUGAUCCUGCUCAGCAGCGGUGCUCUGGCCUUUGAGGACAUCUACCUUGAACAAAGAAGAACCAUUAAGAUCAUUCUGGAGUAUGCUGAUCAGGUGUUCACAUACGUCUUCAUUGUUGAGAUGCUCCUCAAAUGGGUGGCUUAUGGCUUCAAGGUCUACUUUACCAACGCCUGGUGCUGGCUGGACUUCCUCAUUGUUGAUGUUUCCAUCAUCAGCCUGACGGCCAACCUCCUGGGUUACUCAGAGCUGGGGCCAAUCAAGUCCUUGCGUACCCUUAGGGCCCUGAGACCCCUCAGAGCCCUGUCCAGAUUUGAGGGGAUGAGGGUGGUGGUAAACGCACUAGUGGGUGCCAUCCCCUCCAUCUUUAACGUGCUGCUGGUCUGCCUGAUCUUCUGGCUCAUCUUCAGCAUCAUGGGCGUCAACCUCUUUGCCGGAAAGUUCUACUACUGUGUGAACACCACGUCAGAGGAGCGUUUUACCACAGAUGUGGUCAACAAUAAAACAGAGUGUUUGUAUCUCAUUGAGUCUGGUUUUGAUGCUAGAUGGACCAACAUCAAGGUCAACUACGACAAUGUGGGCAUGGGCUAUCUUUCUCUGCUUCAAGUGUCAACAUUUAAGGGUUGGAUGGACAUCAUGUAUGGAGCAGUUGAUUCUCGUUCGGUUGAAGAUCAACCUGAGUAUGAAGCAAACCUGUACAUGUACAUCUACUUUGUCAUAUUCAUCAUCUUUGGUUCCUUCUUUACCCUCAAUCUCUUCAUUGGUGUCAUCAUUGACAAUUUCAACCAACAGAAAUCAAAGUUUGGGGGCAAGGACAUCUUCAUGACAGAAGAACAGAAAAAGUACUACAAUGCUAUGAAGAAACUGGGUUCUAAGAAGCCUCAGAAGCCUAUACCAAGACCAGAGAACAAAAUUUGUGGAUUGUUCUAUGACUUGGUCAGCCAACAAUUCUUUGACAUCCUUAUCAUGAUAUUGAUCAUGCUCAACAUGGUGACCAUGAUGGUGGAAACGGACAACCAGAGUGACGAGAUGGUGGACACACUUUACCUCAUUAACUUUGUCUUCAUUGUGGUCUUUACAAUGGAAUGCUGUCUGAAAAUGAUUGCCCUUAGGCAAUACUACUUCACGAUUGGCUGGAACAUUUUUGACUUUGUCGUUGUUAUUCUGUCCGUAGUGGGUCUCUUGCUGGCAGACCUCAUCGAGAAAUAUUUUGUUUCUCCAACUCUUUUCCGUGUGAUCCGACUUGCCAGGAUUGGUAGAGUUCUGCGCCUCAUUCGCGGUGCCAAGGGAAUACGAACACUUCUGUUUGCCCUGAUGAUGUCACUUCCUGCUCUUUUCAACAUCGGCCUUCUUCUUUUUCUCAUCAUGUUCAUUUUCUCCAUUUUUGGCAUGUCCAACUUUGCCUACGUGAAGCGUGAAGGCAUGGUUGAUGACAUGUUCAACUUCGAGACUUUUGGCAACAGCAUAAUUUGCCUCUUCAUGAUUACAACUUCUGCCGGUUGGGACGGACUCCUUUCGCCCAUCUUGAACAGCGGUCCACCUGAUUGUGACCCCGAUUUGGAAAACCCAGGAACAGACGUGAGGGGUAACUGUGGCAACCCUGGUGUAGGAAUCAUCUUCUUCUGCACUUAUAUUGUUAUGUCCUUCUUGGUAGUGGUCAACAUGUACAUUGCCAUCAUUCUGGAGAACUUCAACGUGGCCACAGAGGAAAGUGCUGACCCGUUGUGCGAGGAUGAUUUUGAGAUGUUCUACGAGACGUGGGAGAAGUUUGAUCCGGAUGCUUCACAGUUCAUCAGCUAUGGUCAGCUCUCGGACUUUUGCGACACCCUAAAAGAUCCCCUCAGGAUCCCAAAACCAAACACGAUCAAGCUGAUCACCAUGGACCUGCCCAUGGUGCCAGGCGAUAAGAUCCACUGCCUGGACAUCCUCCUCGCUCUGACUGCCGAGGUGCUGGGCAACUCCGGAGAGUUGGACACACUCAAGGCAAGCAUGGAGGAGAAGUUCAUGGCAAACAACCCGUCCAAGGCCUCGUACGAGCCCAUCACCACCACCCUUAAGCGCAAGCAAGAGGACGUUGCCGCCCGAGUUAUCCAGAGAGCCUUGCGCAAGUACAUCCUCCAGCGUUCGCUAAAGCACGCCUCAUUCCUGUACCGCGAGAAGUCAGACCUGACCAGGGAAGGUGAAGAGCCACCUGAGAAGGAAGGAAUGAUCGCUAUCAGAAUGAGCCAGUUCUAUGGUGAUGGGUCGGAGCAGGAUGUUGCCCUGUCGGACACUAUAGCAGGCUCUGACCUAGUUCCCCCCUCUCCCUCCGGACCCGUGGAGGUCCAGAAUGAAGUGGUCUUGCACUCGGCCCCGUUCACUCUACCAGACUCUGCUGUAUUUGUAGACAACCUGAGGGAGAGUAUUGUUUAGCUGUAUCUUAUGAGGGUUAGCAGUGUCGUCUUAAUGUUUGGGUGUCUACAAAGACACCUUGUCCUUGAUUCACUUCUUGGCUGCAAGUGUUGUAUAAGGUCAAAGGUUUCAGAUAGACCUGUUUAUUGUGGUGGUAUAGAUUCUUACAUUUUAGCAUGGCUAAAGUGCGAUGAAAUAGUUUUCUCCCAAAGGUGGUACCCACCCUCUCCUUAUCAGACUUUGAUUCAUAGUCAGAUGAUUGACAUGAUAAAGUCAUAAAUAUUAGAUAAUGUAUUACAAACAGUUACAGUUAUUACAUUGAUUAUAUAAGCCAGUUAUCAGUUAAUCGUGCCAUCUAUUAGAUAAACUUAAACUGCCUACUAACCGAAACAACCCAUUCAAGUAAUUGCUACUCUGGUAUGACAUUUAGAUUGCACUUAAUAUUUUCUCAAUAUUUUCUUUUAUUCAUUGUUAUCUUUGUUUUUGUUGCAUCCAUGACUGGUUUGCAGCUUUUUUAUAUGGCAUGUGAUAAAUUAGAGAUGCAAGUUUCACACUCACAAAGGGAAUACAAAUGACAGUCAGAGUCCAACCAUCAGCAGAGAAAGGCAAAUCUUUUUUUGCCAGCAAAGUUUUUAUUUGCUAUGACACAAUAAGACAUUGUAACCUUCAGGUUUGGAGCUGCAACAUCAGGAAAAACAGCGAGGUCCACCUGACAAACUUUUUUCAAAUGAUCUUGCUUGUGUCAAUUCAAACAUUUCAUGCAACACAUUUUUUCAUAACGUCAUGGAAAUUGGUGAAACUUUUAAGUUGUAGUCUAAUCUGGAAACUUCUGGCAAACAGCAAGAGAACACAAUGCAAGAGAUAGGUCAGCUCGAGCUACUGGAGGUAGCCCUUGUUUUGGAAUCCUUAGGCUAAACAUUUUAAAAUAAAUAACACUUAGAAAUGGUCUGACACUCUCCUGGUUUCUGUAAUUGGCAAAACAUUUUGUAUGAAUGUAUCAACUAGUCAGGAAGCCUCCAAUGAAAUGAGUUUGGUGACUAUCAAUUAUGUAUGCAUGGCUCACUGUUGCGAGGGACGUGGUAUCCUGUGACUCCAUGUUUUUGCACAACACCUUAUUAUUACAUAACAGUUAUUACAUGGCACUUUGUCCAUUAGAACACAUAGUUGCUAUGCUUCUAAAAACGAAAUAAGGAAGAGAAUUUCAGAGAAAAGCACUGCAAAUGUGAGUGUGAUGACACUGAAAUGUACCAAACAUUUGUAAUGAGCAGUAAUCACUUGUCUUCACCAAAAAGUUAGUUAUCAAUAACUGUCAGGUUAACAUUAAUUGGGGUAAGAUGAUUGUGUUUACUUAAUCACAAUAUUAUUGAUUGAAAAGUAACAAAAAUCCACACACUUUCAGCAACAUGUAAGUAUCAAAGCAUCUUACUUCUGUAUAUUGAAAAUGACUGGUUGUUUCAUUAUCACGCCAACUCAUCUCUUAUUGAUCAUUUAAUACUGAAACCCUUCAACUUUGAAGGCCAUAAGCUGGCCCUGUGCGAUAGAAUAUCUCAACAGGGGGUGAGAGAAUGCUGAACUCUACAAAUGUGCUAUCAAGAAUCCUUCGAUUAUCACUGAUUCAGAGUGUACAGUAUACAGAGAAUUCCUACAGUAUGAAACAUGCAGAGGAUUCUUGCUCCCAAGAACUAGUACAAAUUGUGUGCAGGAUUGUAUGCAGGAAAGAAAAGCCCAGUGGGGUUCUGAAAUGUCUCUUUUCUUCUUGCUGAUCUAUGAUCAGAACAGCUGGUAUUUACUAGUACUGGUAGUUUUCAAAAUCAACAGCACGCUCAGCUCAACUAUGACCUAUGAGCAGUCAUUUUCAGUGUUUUUAUAUGGUAUGUCCACCAUAGUGAUCAUGUUCUGCAAGCAAGUUAGAAUUUAAACACUGAUCAUUUCUUGUUAAAUGAAGAACAAAUCCAUAUAUUCUUGGGUGAAUAUAUUUUUUAUAUAUUUAUUUUUGUAUUGUUCUCCUUGUAAAAAUGCUUUGUCAUAGAUAUUUUCCUUCUUUAACAUCAUGUUUACAUAAACAUGUAUUAAUUGUAAUUAACUGAGCUUCCAGAAGUGGUUAUGUUUGUGUCAGUUCAUUUAAUGAGUUUGAAAUUCUGGCUAUUGCAUAUGUAGAAUAUUAAGUGUGGAAAAAAAUGUCCAAACUUUUGCAACCAGUGGUUAUAUGAGGAAGAAAUAUCAAGGACACUAAAAAACUAAAUGGACAAACACAAACACAAGGAAUUUAUUUAAUGUAAGUUUUCAAACUUCACCUUCAAUUUUUGAACAAGCAUUUCAUUUAUUUACAUUUUUACAUUCUAUAUACACUUCUAUACCCUUUGAUACCGCUGACGGGCAUGUAAAAAAAAAUCAUUUGAAACAAAGUUGAAACAUAAAAUUAUAUUAUAACCUACUUCACAGAUAUAAUAUAACUAUUUAAUGGCACUUCCAGAAAAACCCAGCAGUCUUACCCAAACAUUUCCUCCUUUACAUGUACAUUAUAUCAUUGCCAGUAUCUAAGCCAUUUAACUAUAUGAGUGUAUUGUCUCUUUUUUGUGGAAUUGGGAUUGCAUUUGUGAAUUGACAUGGGGUUGAUAUUCUCAACUAUUCUUUCAAAUGUAAGGUGAGACAUGCUUAAUUUGGUUGCAUUACUGUGACACAAGGCCUCUAAACCCACAGACCCAGAUCCAAUCCCUCACCUGUUUUAAAAUGGGAUCAUUACAUGAGUCACGUUUACCUUAUUGAGAGUUAUGCUGGCCUUUGGAAUGGUUUACUGGUUCUUCAGUAAUUGGGUGAAAUGACUUCAGUGUAUAGUAACAUUGAAAACUAUUUUAGUUAUGUAGCAAUUAAUCUUUGCAUUUUGAGUUUUUUUGUUUUGUUUGUAAGAGUUAAAGUCAGAAUUAUUAAAAAAAUAAUUUAAUAAAGAAUGUCACCCAGCUGUAAUGACAAUUACUGAUAAUGGGAAGUUGACAUUGUCAAAUCAUAGGACAUAUUAUGUAUGACAUCUGCCAUGACAUGUUCAUAACAUGGUUAUUCGGGUUCAAGUAAAGUGUUACAGAGGCCUUAAUGGAUGUGCCCAGAAACCUUUUUAAAGGGCUCCCUCAAAGGGUUUUGGACUGUAAUCUUUUUGCAACAGAACAUUCUGCACAUCGCUGUCAAAAAAAAAUUCUGAAGGCUUCAUGUUAACAGAACUUUUAAUUUGUUUUGGUCAAUUUCAUAAGUAGAACUAUGGGUUGAUCUACACUUCUACACUACACUAUUGAUCUACACUUUAGAAUGAUCUAGAAGGCAAGAGUGACAAUCACUAUUUACUUCAUGCAUGCCAUGACUAAGAUUCAGAAUGAUGUGAGUUGUGUUUGUGGAUGUUUUGAUUAAUGGGUAAACUGUUUAUGUUAUUAACUUUAGAUCAGGGUUUUUCAGUCCGGCUCUGGGGGUCCCCCUUCCUCUGUGUGUUUUCCAUCCUUCCCUUCCCUGCAUACCUGACUGAACUCCUUGGUUAAAAUAUAUAUCAGCUGAACAUACCUAAUUCUGUUCAUACAAAGCAUUUUAACUACACUGCUUUAAAUCAGGUGUGUACUGAGCAGGGAUAGAUAGAAGCUUUCCGGUGCAGGAGGGCCCAAUGGCUGGUCUUAGAUUCCCUAUAAAGGUCAGAAAGGAGAGGCCUUCUUGAAAGUGUGUAUUCUUGAUGACACUUGUACAUAUGUAUUAUGACUUCAAUUUUGGAAUUAUUUUUUAGCUCUUUGUAUGUCAGUGCCUUUUACAAAUGCAUUAUGAAUUGACUUCAAAAACCAAUAAAUGCUUAUGAAAAGUGA